CCCUGCUCCAUCUAGCUCUUUCCAGUGCAGCCACUGCCGCCGCCCAGGAGCCCUUGUCCCCUUUCUUGUCCCCCUCCUUGUUCCCGCUCCAACGCCAUGGAGCCGGACACCGCCGCAGUGGCAGCCACCGUGGCAGCGGCUGAUGCGACCGCCACAAUCGUAGUCAUAGAGGACGAUGAGCCGGGGCCGUCCACCUCUAAGGAGGAGGGAGCGGCCGCCACGGCCACCGAAGCCACCGCGGCCACGGAGAAGGGCGAGAAGAAGAAGGAGAAAGCAGACCGAGCCAAGAGAUUUGAAUUUUUACUGAAGCAGACAGAACUUUUUGCACAUUUCAUUCAGCCCUCAGCACAGAAAUCUCCAACAUCUCCUCUGAACAUGAAAUUGGGACGUCCUCGAAUAAAGAAAGAUGAGAAGCAGAGCUUACUUUCUGCUGGAGACUACCGCCACAGGCGCACAGAACAAGAAGAAGAUGAAGAACUACUGUCGGAGAGUCGGAAAACAUCCAAUGUGUGUAUUAGGUUUGAAGUGUCACCUUCGUAUGUGAAAGGAGGACCACUGAGAGAUUAUCAGAUUCGAGGACUGAACUGGUUGAUCUCUUUGUAUGAAAAUGGAGUCAAUGGUAUUUUGGCUGAUGAAAUGGGUCUUGGUAAGACUUUACAAACGAUUGCUUUGCUUGGUUAUCUGAAACACUACCGGAACAUUCCUGGACCUCACAUGGUUUUAGUUCCAAAGUCUACUUUAUACAACUGGAUGAAUGAAUUUAAACGAUGGGUCCCAUCUCUCCGUGUUAUUUGUUUCGUUGGAGACAAGGAUGCGAGAGCUGCCUUCAUUCGUGAUGAAAUGAUGCCAGGAGAAUGGGAUGUUUGUGUUACUUCUUAUGAGAUGGUAAUUAAAGAAAAAUCUGUAUUCAAAAAGUUUCAUUGGCGCUAUCUAGUCAUUGAUGAAGCUCACAGAAUAAAGAAUGAAAAAUCUAAGCUUUCAGAGAUUGUUCGUGAGUUCAAGUCGACUAACCGCUUGCUCCUAACUGGAACACCUUUGCAGAAUAACCUGCAUGAACUCUGGGCAUUACUCAACUUUUUAUUGCCUGAUGUCUUUAAUUCUGCAGAUGACUUUGAUUCUUGGUUUGACACUAAAAAUUGCCUUGGUGAUCAAAAACUUGUGGAAAGACUUCAUGCAGUAAGUAAUAGCAGACAAGAAAAUUCAGUAAUUAAAUGGUAUACAAAAAUCCUGAUGAAAGACAUUGAUGUUUUAAACUCUGCUGGCAAGAUGGACAAGAUGCGACUCUUAAACAUUCUGAUGCAACUUCGAAAAUGUUGCAAUCAUCCGUAUUUGUUUGAUGGUGCUGAGCCCGGUCCACCUUACACCACUGAUGAGCAUGUUGUCAGCAACAGUGGUAAAAUGGUAGUUUUGGAUAAACUGUUGGCCAAACUCAAAGAACAGGGUUCCAGGGUUCUCAUUUUCAGCCAAAUGACUCGCUUGCUGGACAUUUUAGAGGAUUAUUGCAUGUGGCGUGGUUAUGAGUAUUGUCGACUGGAUGGACAAACCCCACAUGAAGAAAGAGAGGAAGCAAUAGAGGCCUUUAAUGCUCCUAAUAGUAGCAAAUUCAUCUUUAUGCUGAGUACCAGGGCUGGCGGUCUCGGAAUUAACUUGGCAAGUGCUGAUGUGGUUAUACUAUAUGAUUCAGACUGGAAUCCACAGGUUGACCUACAAGCUAUGGAUCGAGCACAUCGUAUUGGUCAGAAGAAGCCAGUACGUGUAUUCCGUCUCAUCACUGACAACACUGUUGAAGAAAGGAUUGUAGAGAGAGCUGAGAUAAAAUUGAGACUUGAUUCAAUUGUUAUACAACAAGGAAGACUCAUUGACCAACAGUCUAACAAGCUGGCAAAAGAGGAAAUGUUACAAAUGAUACGACAUGGAGCCACCCAUGUUUUUGCUUCUAAAGAAAGUGAACUGACAGAUGAAGACAUUACAACUGUUCUGGAAAGAGGGGAAAAGAAGACUGCAGAGAUGAAUGAACGCUUACAGAAAAUGGGAGAGUCUUCUCUUAGAAAUUUUAGAAUGGACACUGAACAAAGUUUAUACAAGUUUGAAGGAGAAGAUUAUAGAGAAAAACAGAAGCUUGGUAUGGUGCAAUGGAUUGAACCUCCUAAACGAGAACGCAAAGCAAACUAUGCAGUGGAUGCCUACUUUAGAGAGGCUUUGCGUGUCAGUGAGCCAAAGACUCCAAAGGUCCCAAGGAAUCCUGAUAUCCCCAAUCCAGCUCUGGCUCAAAGGGAAGAGCAAAAAAAGAUUGAUGGAGCUGAACCUCUUACAGCAGAAGAGACUGAAGAAAAGGAAAAACUUCUCACACAAGAAUUCCAGAGACGCUGUAACACUCUGAUUUCAUUGAUUGAGAAAGAAAAUAUGGAAAUCGAGGAAAGAGAGAGAGCAGAAAAGAAGAAACGGGCAACUAAAACUCCAAUGUCACAGAAAAGAAAAGCAGAGUCAGCUACUGAGAGCUCUGGAAAGAAGGAUGUCAAGAAGGUGAAAUCCUAAAGCCUAGAAAUAAAGUUUUAAAUGGGAAACUGCUAUUUUCUUGUUCCCAUCUUCAAAUGCUAAUUGCCAGUUCCAGUGUAU